GUACAAAGGCGUGAAAUGAUGCGACAAGGACCCCUUCCCUUGCGUAGGGAAUAUAAAUGUCACCUGUCAUUGAAGCAGUCUACGCCACUUCUUCACACGACUGCCCAAGUCUUCUUGUCCCCCUUGUGGUCGUGUGACAGCCAUGGCGCUGCGCGGCCUCCGUCUCCAUCCGUCGUUGCGUGUGGUGUUGGUCGGAUCCUGCGUGCUCUUGUUGGGGUUGGUGCUGGUGUCGUUCUUACGUCGUGAGAAGCGCCUUCUUGUUCGAGAGACCAAAGUCGUCGCCGUCACCGACACCGUCGUCGAAACGUCUCCAAAUUCCUCUUCCUCUUCCCUCCUCUUCCUCCCGUGUGCCAAGACAGUCUCUAAAGAGCGCAAACAACGGAACGUUCUCUCGCACCUGGCCAAUCAGCUGAAAAGAGAGCUAGGGCAAACGGAAUGCCGGCUCAUCGAACUACAGAAACGACUGGGAGAACAGGACUCGGGUCGGGUGGCCAGCAGCGGCGGCUGGUGCUACCAAGACAGCCGUGCAGACAGCCUGGAACACAAGUUCGACGCGAGUCUGGCCGACGCCCUGAGCGCGCUCUUCAGGGACCAGCACGUGGGCAGCCUGGGUGAGGGCCCAGGCAUGUAUAAACGUCACCUGCUACAGAUGGGCCUGGUGCGCUCCUACCACGCCUACGACGGCGCACCUUUCAUCGAGGAGAGCUCGAAAGGUGAGGUGACCUUUCUGGACCUAACGGUGCCGCAGUACGACCUCCCCAUCUUCGAUUGGAUCCUGUGCCUCGAAGUGGCCGAGCACAUCCCGCCCCAGUUCGAGGACAUCUUCCUCGACAACAUAGUACGCCACGCGCGGAAGGGUGUGGUCCUGAGCUGGGCCAAACUCAUGCAGGAGGGGCUGGAGCAUGUCAACAACAAGAACGCGGAGGACGUCAUCAAGCUGCUGCGCGAGAAGGGGUUCGAGGUGGACACCGAGGCGAGCUUCGCGUUGAAGAAAGUCAGCACGUUCUUCUGGUUCCAGGAGAAUGUAAACGUUUACAGGAGGAUACAAACAUUUGACGAAAGCGAAGCGUAGUCAAGCUGGGUGGCUGGGAUGGAUGUCUGCUUUGUACAGUGCCUAUUUAUUGUCAUCUCUAUCAUCAUUGUCGUCUUGGUCGACACAACAAUCUUUCUCAUCGUCAUCAGUCUGCUUUUGCUGAGGGUCUUAAUCGUUUGGCAGAUGCUUUGACUAGCAUUUCAACUGAAGUCAAAUGGAACUUGACCUGAUUUCAUUUUGCUGCUGAUUGUCUUACUGUAAUGAGAAACCGAGCGAUAGAUAGAAUAGAUGACAAAGAGAAAGAAUGUGUGAGAGAAAGAGUUAAGUUGGAUGGAGGAGGAGAGAGCUAGUGAAAUAAACGUGUCCUUUUGCUGAC